AUGAGCGCACUGGGCGCCACAGUCGAUCCGGCUCUACAGGCUUUGAGUACCGUCCCAUUCCCGUCUCUUACAGUCAACGGCGCAGCCGCAGCCCGCGCCAAUGCUGCCGGUUCCGCAAGCCAAUCCUCUUCGACCCAAACAGCAAGUGUCCCUCGUUCCGACAAGUCUAAGACAUCAAGAAAGCGCAAGGCUGAAGCCCUAGAGGAGCCCGAGACCAUUUGCAAGAUCUUUAUCCCCGACACUCAAUCAAGUUCUGGGUCAUGCUUCAGACGAGAAGACGAAGACUAUCGUGGACGAAAGUCUAUGUGGUUUCUGACCAGUCCAUCUUCUGAUGGUAACGCGGCUUGGCAACGCGCCUUUGAUGAGGACAAGAGACUCUCUGCUCUAUUUGCUAAGCGUAAUGGCGCUGAUUCCAUUAUGAUUCAAGCUCUCUUCCAUGCUAAGGUCAAGAACGCUUGGAAUUUGGCCGCUGACCCUGACGGUCCACCUCCCUUGAUCACUCUAGAUACUUUCGGUAUCACCCAAGGCGUACACGUGGCUCUUGCUCAAUAUACUGAUGACAAUCUUGGCUUCCAAGUCGAUCCGGCUCUGAUGGCGGAGUAUUAAGACAAACUUCCAAAUAGACUUCUUGAAAGGGCAUCUGGUAGCCCAAGCAAGUAACCGCACGGUUACGAACCCGACAAAUCCCUUUUCCGACCCCGCAACAGACAAGUCUCUCCCAGCGCUCCCGCAUCAUACCACAUCUUCGACUCCC